CACAGAGAUCGACUGGGACUGAAACAGAAAAAGUGAUCGACUGGGACUGAAACAGAGAGAUCGAAACACAGGAGAAAGAUGGGAAAGAGAGAGAGAGACAUUAGAAUUCCAGACAGAUGAGGAAGAAGAUGAGGAAACCCAGAAGCAUAAAGAACGGCCAAAAAGAAGAAAGUAGUGGCAGCAAACGCACAUGCAUGGAGCAUCUAUGUACAUUGCCAAUCAUACAACGUCUUCUCUCCAAGAAGAAAGCGCGAGGAGAGAGAGACUUGAAAGAAAAAGUAGAUCCAGAGACUAAGACUGAAACAAGGACUGUGAGACAUCAGAAUUGCAGAGAGAGGAAGAAGAUGAGGGAACGCACAAGUAUAAUGAACGGCCAAAAAGAAGAAAGUAGAGGCAGCAAACGGACAUGGAGGGAGCACAUAGAACAGUGUUUUAAUUGUGUGUGUAAAUGGCCAAUCGUACAGCAUCUUCACACCAGGGCAACAAAUGGUGAAGAAGAAGAACAAGAAAAAGAAGGAAGCGACAACGAUCAAAAGAUGCUAAUUGCAGAAGAUGAUGACAUAAACAUCGAAGAAGCAGCUAGCAGCAACAGUGAAAAAAAGGAACAUAUGACUGAUGAUGAGAGAAGAGCAACAAACAUUAAAGAAGAAGGAAUAUGUUACAGUAAGUGGUCACAAGUGGGAGAUGAUAUCUUGGGCUUGAUUCUCGAACGCUUAUGCCUUAGUGAUUACCUUCGAAGCCGAGCUGUAUGCUCAGGUUGGCAGUCCAUUGUCACUAAAUACAUUGCCAAGAAGCAGUGCCUUCCACAGCCUGAACUGCCACUUCUUUAUCUUCAAACAAUGGCCAGCCAAAAACUUUCCGUUCUUUGUCUUGCCCACAGCAAGUGUCUUCCAGUUCAACUAUACAGUGCCACCACUCGAAUUCAUCCAUUAUUGCUACGGCACAGUACAAGGUUGGAUGAUCAUGAUUGA